UCCGCCAUAAGACACACAAACUGUGACAGUGUGUGGUCUGCUUCGCCCCUCCCUCGUCCGAAUCUAUACUUCUCAGGUACUUCCUUAGUUCUUGAAGUCAGUUUGGUUUGAAAUGGCAGAUGAAAUACCUACGCGUAAAUGGGUGUUCAUGGUAACGGCUCAAACGGCCACCAACAUAGCAGUGAUAAAAUACUGGGGGAAGAGAGAUGAAACCUUGAUUUUGCCCAUCAAUGAUAGCAUCAGUGUUACAUUAGAUCCGGCGCAUCUCUGCACCACCACCACUGUGGCUGUGAGUCCCAGCUUUGAGAAAGAUCGCAUGUGGCUCAAUGGCAAGGAGAUAUCUCUUUCUGGAGAUAGAUACCAAAAUUGUUUGAGGGAGAUUCGCUCAUGUGCUAGCGAUGUUGAGGAUGAGAAGAAAGGUAUCAAGAUCACAAAAAAGGAUUGGGAGAAACUGUAUUUGCACAUUGAUUCUCAUAACAAUUUCCCAACUGCUGCUGGUUUGGCUUCCUCAGCUGCCGGUUUUGCUUGUCUUGGCUUGUUUAGGCAACCUAGUGCAUUAGGUUCCCGCUCCCGCUCUAUGGGUUUGAGGAGAGAUACAUGUUGCUUUGGGUUUAAUACUGUCAAUCAAGUUUUUGCCCUUGCAAAGCUAAUGAAUGUGAAAGAAGACCAAGGGAAACUUUCUGCUAUAGCAAGGCAAGGUUCAGGCAGUGCUUGUCGUAGUUUGUAUGGUGGAUUUGUCAAGUGGAAUAUGGGAAAAGCUGAGGAUGGAAGUGACAGUAUUGCAGUUCAACUUGCAGAUGAGAAGCACUGGGAUGAUCUUGUUAUUGUUAUCGCUGUGGUAAGUUCACGACAGAAGGAAACAAGUAGCACCACAGGAAUGCAUGAGAGUGUCGAGACAAGUAUGCUUAUACAACAUAGAGCGGAGGAAGUUGUACCAGAACGCAUAAUUCAAAUGGAAGAAGCCAUAAAAAAUCAUGAUUUUCUCUCUUUUGCGCGUCUGACUUGUGCCGACAGUAAUCAGUUUCAUGCUGUCUGCCUGGAUACAUGCCCCCCUAUAUUCUACAUGAAUGACACGUCCCAUAGGCAAGCCUUUGCUUCUCUGUUUUUCUAUGCUCAUCUUGACUGUGGCAUUGUGAUAAUUAAUUGUGUUGAGAAAUGGAAUCGUUCUGAAGGAACACCUCAGCUGGCGACUGGUUCUUCCCAUUGCAGACGCCUUCUCUUCUUUUUGUCCCAUAUUCUUCACAGUAGAAGUGUGGAGAGUGGUGCAGUAGAACCUGGUUUGGAUAAAGUGUUGUGGCAGAGGCGGCAUAGGAUAGUAGAUAUGGGUGAAAGAGUGAAAAAGUUGUGUGUCCAACUUGUCUUUGUCUGGGAUUUGGUAAGGGAAGAAGAUGGCAGGAAAAAAUUGGUGGGUUUUGGAGAUCUUAGUUCGCAGUUGGAAGAGUAG